UACUUGGUGGUGGUGAUAAAUUCACUAGUAUCAUUCUUUGUAUUGUCAAUUUUAGAAAGCUUGUGAAGCCCAUCAGUUUGAUUGAAGUUAUUCAUUUCCUUUGAGACGUUCUAAACACCAAGAAAGAUGAAUGAAUCAGAUAGUGAAUUAGUGUCUACAUCAAAAAGAAAGAAGCAAGACCAAGGUAGUGGAGAUGCAUCAACAUCAAAAAGACAAAAGGUUGACCAAGCCAUUUCUGAUGAAGAUUUUAUGGAACUUAAAUCAGUUGUCUCAAAAUGGUUUGACCAGCGUAGAUACAUCAAUAAACUGAAAGUUUUCUACACAGAUCUCCUUUCUCCUGCUGUGUUACAUAAUGCUUCUACAACAACAAUUAAUUUGUUGAAUUGUUUAACCGAUCAUGAUGAACUGAGUUCAACCAAUCUCACUCUAAUCUAUGACACCAUAAAAGUGAGCAAACAAUUUGGCUUAGUUAAGAAAAUUAAAGAACAAUUGCCAUCAUGUCCAAUUCCUGCAAAUAUUAAAGAUACUGAAAUAUCCAGCUACACACCACACAGACUCAAACUAAUGAAGUUGGGAUCAUUACUGACAGAAGAUGAUGUGCCCAAGAUUGAUCAAUUGUAUAAUGAUGCAUUAAAAAAGUAUGCAGACAGCUGGUGUUUAAUUAUGGAUCUAGAAAAGAGAAGUGUAAUUUGUGAAGAAAAUAUGGAGAAAUUUAUUACAAAGUUAAAAAAUCUUGAACUCAAAAAAGCUGUGGAUGCUCUGUGUAAAGGUAAUCAGAAGGAUCCUGAACAUGUGAUUUCAUUAGACCCAGAGCACCAUGAGCAGCUAAGACGAGAUAUAAUUAUUAGAAAUUUCUUGACUAAAAGGCAAAAGCAAAUGUAUCAGAAUGUGAACCAAAUGACACCAACAAUCUGGCAUGAACAUCAUGAAGUAGAUAUUGCAGAAGUAUUCACUGAACUCAUCUUAAUACAAUCUGAUGAAGAUGAAGAAUUACAAGCCAAGUCAACAUUAGUACAAAAGAAAGGUAGACCCACAUCAUUAACAGAGGUAUUAGGUGUCAUUAAAUUAAGAGAAUCUUGUAAGGUAUUAAUAACAGGUAAAGGAGGAAUGGGUAAGACUACACUCCUUAGAUAUAUUGCUCAUCAGUGGGCUACUGAUAAUGUAGAUAAUGCCUUUGCUAAUAAAUUAUUGUUUCUGAUAAAUAUUAGAGACCUAAAAGCAGGUCAAAAGUUUUUAGACAUAAUUAUGGAGAAAAUUGAUUGGCAAACUUUAAUAUUGAAGAAUAAAUUGCCACCCAAUUCCAUUGAAGAUUUUCUGGUCACCCAUGCUGAUGAAAUAGUGAUUUUGUUAGAUGGAUACGAUGAGUUAAAAAAAGGUGCUAAAGAUCCAAUAGAUCUAUUCGAAAGAACUGAAUUAGGUGAAUGCACCGUGUUGAUGUCAUCCCGACCAGACAAUGUAAUUAAAUUUUUUAAAUGGUGUAACAUACAUAUUAAAGUAAUGGGGUUCAGUCCAAGAAACAAAAAGAAAUAUAUACAUAAGCAUUUUGUUUCAAUUGGUAAAGCUGAAAUUGGUGACUCACUAAUUCGGGAGUUUGGACUUGAUAAAUGUAAAGAUGAUGGUGGUGAUGAUUAUUAUGAGGAUGAUAAUGUUUAUGCUAAUUAUACAAAUAAUGAUGAUUAUUUUACAUGGUAUGGUGAUGAUUAUUAUGAGUAUGAAUGUUAUCAUACUCCUCCUGAUUCUGUUGAUGAGGUUCUUUUGUUUGGUGGUGAUCACAAAGAAGCAUUUGAAUUGUGCUCAUCUCCACUGUUAUUGCUUAAGAUUUGUACCAUUUGGCAAGAUAAACAGUGUCUUCCUAAAGAUUUGUCAGAUCUUUUCAAGGAAUUAUUUUGUUCCAUUUUAAAUCAAUAUCAAAACAGAGGAGGCAAUGGAAGUUCUAUUUUCCAGUUUGAGAGAAUUCCUGAGAAAUACAGACAUGCCAUUCAAAUAUUAGGAGAAUGUAUAUAUGAAGGUCUAAAGGAAAAUAAACUGUCCAUUGACAAAUAUGUUUUGUUAAACAAAGAAAAUGAUAAACAUUUGGUACAUUUAGCACUCGAACUUGGAUUUGUUUAUAAAGAUAGCCCUGUUCAACCAGGUGAUGUAAGGGAGAUUUACACUACACCGCAUAAAUUAAUUUCAGAGUCACUAGCAGGAUUUUACCUGUUUGAAAAAAGCCAACAAGGGAGUUUGAAAGCUGAAGAAUAUGAGGUGAUAAGAUGUAGUGAGUAUUUACAAAUGACAAGAGUAUUUACAAUAGGAUUUCUUGGUGCUGAUGUUUGUAAAUUGUUUAAACAUUGGUUGAUAAUCAGGGCCUCAAAUUUUUAUUCUAUAGCACAAUGUUUGAGAUAUGUAAAGGAGGAUUAUGAAGACCAUGUAGUACAAGAAUUGGAUAAACACAUGUCCAUUGAAAUGAAAGAACACUGUGAGCAAAUGUGCGAGUCUGUUAGAAGUGUUCUUGAUGACAAAGAUCUAACAAAUGUGCCUUUAUUUAAACUUAUGAGAAAAUAUAAUUACCUUAGACACAAUAAUGUAAAAUUGGAGAAAGCAUUUCCUUUGAUAAAUACAUCCAAUGAAGAGUCUUUGAAAAAUUCUUGCAGAAGUAUUGUACAAAACACAGUUGUACUACCAAGGGUAUAUAAAACAAACUAUUUUUUAAGAUACAUUUCAAAAUGGGAAAAUAAAGCAAUCAAUAUGUUAUCAGGUGAGAUGGAAAAACUAGAUUUGACAUAUUGUAAUCUCUAUUUCAUCAAAUUAGGAUUUGAUUGUAGUUUAUCAUUUUUGAUUCAUUUCCUAAAACAUGCAAAUGACCUAUAUAACUUGCAUAUUAAUCAUUGGCCUACAGCUGCAUCUAAAUUCAAUUUAGUUUUCAAUGAAUUGCAUAAGACUCAUGUAAGGUUGAAAAUAAGAUUUCUUGAUAUAAAAGAGAAUGAUUUGGCUUCAAUUAGCGGAAGAACAUUAGCUUGCCUUGUUGAGAUGUCUCCACACCUGACCCGUAUUGACAUGAGUUAUUGUAAUUUAGCAGGUAGUAAUAUUAGUGAAAUGAUGGAUGAAUGUUGUAGGAUGAAUGUAGUAUUGAAAGACAAGAUUCUUAAAUUGACAGACAAUGACCUUUCAAAUAUUGAUGGUAAAUAUCUUGCUAAGUUAGUAAGGGUGAUUGAUGAGUCUUAUGCCUUCAGAUGGAGUGAUUACUUACUCACAUCUGAUAUUUUAGAAAAGCUGGUUAAAUCAAUAGGUGAGAAUGAGACAUUGAAUUGGAAGAUGAUAGACAUAAGUGGAAUUAACCUAUCUUCAAUAAGUGGAAAAACAUUAGCUCACCUUUUUAAGAUCUCCACACUCAUGAUCAAUAUUGACAUGAGCCAUUGUAAUUUAUCAGGUAGUAUUAUUAAUGAAAUGAUGGAGGAAUGCUGUAAAAUAAAUUUAGUAUUGAAAGAUGGCCUGCUUACAUUGAUGGGUAAUGACCUUUCAGAUAGUGAUGGUAAAUCAUUUGCUGCGUUACUUGGGGUGAUUUAUGCGCCUUAUACGUUCAAAUGGCAAGAUUACUCACUCACAGCUGAAGAUGUAGAAAAGCUGGUUGAAUCAAUAGGUCAGAAUGAGACAUUGAAUUGGGAGAGGAUAGACAUGAGUAGGAUUAACCUAUCUUCAAUCAGAGGAAGAACAUUAGCUCACCUUUUAAAGGCAUGUACACAUCUGAUCCAUAUUGACAUGAGUGAUUGUAGUUUAUCAGGUUGUAUUGUUAAUGAAAUGAUGGACGAAUGUCAUAGAAUGAAUGUAGAAUUAAACAACAACAUGCUUAAAUUGGAGAGCAAUGACCUUUCUGAUAUUAAUGGUAAAUCACUCACUGAAUUAGUCAGGGUAAUUUAUGAGCAUUAUACUUUCAAAUGGAAAGAUUAUUCACUCACCUCUGAUAAUCUGGAAAAGCUGGUUGAAUCAAUAAGUGAGAAUGAGACAUUGGAUUGGGAGAGGAUAGACAUGAGCAGAAUUAACCUAUCUUCAAUCAAAGGAAGAACAUUAGCUCACCUUUUAAAGGCAUGUACACACCUGAUCUAUAUUGACAUGAGCCAUUGUAGUUUAUCAGGUAGUAUUAUUAAUGAAAUGAUGGAGGAAUGUUGUAGGAUGAAUGUAGAAUUAAAAGAAAACAUGUUUACAUUAGAAGGCAAUGACCUUUCAGAUAUUGAUAGUAAAUCACUUGCAGAAUUAUAUAGAGUAAGAAUAACUAUUCAGCCUAGGAUUAUGUGGGAUGAAGAUGAUGACUUUUACGAUUACUAUUAAAAGGCAAUCAUGCACAAUCGGAAUCAACUAAAAUGGAAAUGGAUAAGUCUGAAAUGUCUUCAACAAAAUUUUGACCUAAAUGACAACUUUACUGUAAUAUAGAACAUUCAAUUUGACUUUCUUCUAUUUUCAAAUCGGAAAAUUGCAACAAUGAUUAUAAAUAAUGGAUGGAUAGUGUACAAUUUAAUG